AUGAAUUCGGAUAUGACGCAGGUGUCGCAAAAAGAGCAAGAAAAUGGCAAUGGCCCAAAAAAAGAUCGAGCCAUUCUUCUCCCUGUAAUAAGCAAUAAGAAGUAUCACAACCUUGAGACUUACCUCAAAUACUCCAAUAAUAAAGAAUUGUCUACGGAUUCAACGGUGUUUCAAGGAAACUUCUACGAGUUGAACUUUUUGGAGUUCUUAAGAAGACAUUUUACAGUAAGCCGGGUGAUCCACCAGGGAGGACGAGACGAUAAGGGUAUAGAUAUUAGAGCUAUGUGGAAGCCGGUGGAUAAUUUUGGGAAGCUUUCAGACGGGCUGAACCUGUCUAAUCGAACAUUUCAACCUGUUAACUCUGUGACGCGAGUGAAGCCGAUUCUACUCAAAAGAAACACCAACAUUCGACUCUUUGUACAGUGCAAAAGUUGGGAAAAGUCCCGAAUUGAUGCUAAAAUGAUUAGAGAGAUCAAUGGUACAUUUAAUAACACAGGUCCACGAGGAGGAAGACCUGGGAUCAGCUCCAAAACACGUCGCUUCCUUAUGGUUGUUUGUCCUACAGGGUUCACUCGACAAGGAAGAAUAGACUUUGAUAAGAGUCUGGUGCCGUUAAUAUUCAUCAAAUUCUCAAAAAGCACAGUCAAUGAUAGAUUCAAGAGUCUCUACGAUAUACAUAACUACAACUUAGGAACGUUCGAAAGUUUUUAUUGCAAUCCCAUGGCAAAUGCAUUGCUCAAGGGACUCAAUUGGACGGAAUUCAUGAAGAGAUUGGUGACGGAUAAAAGUCACUAA